GCGCCUGUUGGGAACGAGUGCAGUUUCCUGGGUGCGUGAAAGCGUCACACAGGACAAUGAAGUGGUUAGCUGGGGAUGUGGCGAGUAUGAGAAGAUAAAUUACAGCAGGUUGGUUGGCUGGCGUUGUCGCAUUCUCGGAGGAGGACAACGCAAACGAGGGAAUUAAAGUGUCUUAUGAGGACACACAGACAACUGGAAUACCUGUGUUGAUAUAAUUUGGGAUAUAGGGGAGUGCGAAGGAGACGAGGGCAGCCCCGCGAGGGCAAGUGUGUGCUGCUGUGGCGGUCCUGCUAGCGAAAGAUGAACAAGCACCACCGAGUGCCGAGCAACCGAACUCUGAGCUCCGUGGAGGUGAAGAGCAAGUUUGGGGCCGAAUUCCGUCGGUUCUCCCUGGACCGGUCGAAGCCGGGCAGAUUUGAUGAGUUCUAUGGACUCCUGCAGCACGUGCACCGGAUCCCCAACGUGGACCUGCUGGUGGGUUAUGCCGACGUCCACGGCGACCUGUUGCCAAUAAACAACAAUGACAACUACCACAAGGCCAUCUCUGUGGCUAGCCCACUGCUACGGCUCUUCCUGCAGAGGAAAGAGGAAGCAGACUACUCUGCGUUUGGUACGGACUCUCUGACCCGUCCUAAGAAGACUGUCCUAGCGGCCGUGUUGCUGCGGCCUGAUGCCAACCGGAAGAAGCCCCCUGUGAUCAUUAGCCUGCCCAGGGACUUCAGGCCUGUCUCCUCCAUCAUCGACGUGGACAUCCUCCCUGAGACCCACCGCCGGGUGCGCCUCUACAAGCACGGCCAGGAGAAACCAUUGGGUUUCUACAUCCGCGACGGCUCCAGCGUCCGGGUCACACCCCAGGGUCUGGAGAAGGUGCCUGGGAUCUUCAUCUCCCGCAUGGUGCCUGGGGGCUUGGCUGAGAGCACUGGCCUGCUGGCCGUCAACGACGAGGUGCUUGAGGUCAACGGCAUCGAGGUUCAAGGCAAGUCUCUGGACCAGGUGACUGACAUGAUGAUCGCCAACAGCCACAACCUCAUUGUGACGGUGAAGCCUGCCAACCAGCGCAACAACAUCAUACGGAGCAGUGGUGGAGGGGGUGGGGCGGCUUCCGGGAGUUCGGGUCGCUCUUCCGACAGCGGCGCCAGUUUCUACGGCUAUUUCACCCCGGGCGCUGCCAUAGCGACGACCCCAACUCACAUCAUCCAGAACUUCCACCCAGAGGAGCUAGAGAGUGAUGAGGAUGAUGAGGACCUGGUGAUAGAGGCAGAUGGGGAGGCUGUGCCCAUCCCACGGGCAGCCUCGGCCAGCUGCAGCAUGCCCUCCCUGCCCCGCUACGAGCCCCACCUGAACCUCCGCGCCACAGCCAACGGAGCCCUGGCCUCCAGCACCGGUUCACUGAGCACGGUCAGCACGCCCGACAGGGGCCUAGAAGGAAGGAGCCUUGAGGAGGACGGCACACUCAUCACACUGUAGACACAUACACCCUUCAUACUUGCACAAUAAUUACGGCACACACACAUCCAUACUUAAAUAGUUUUACUCUUGCUCUUAUAUGCAAAAACAUAGUCUUGCACAUACAUUCAGAUACCUUCAUGCAUACACAAAGAACACAAACACCAAGACCUACGCAUGCGUGCCAUAGUAUCGCCACAGCCCUCCCUACACUGUGACCGACAGACACAUUAAUUACACAUGGUGUUUUUGUGGAAGGGGAAACUCCUGAUUCAAAACCACAAAAAGCACUUGUUUCUAUUUCGGGAGGGGGAGACCCUUUCUAUAUUCUUCCUCUUGAGGGCAGGAAUGAGAGGGUAUUCUCAGUUGUGUUUUUUUUUUCAAUUUUGUGAACUGUACGAAAGGACUGAUUUAAUGAAAGAAGUGGGCAAAUGAAUGCGCAUAUGUAUGCUCUGACCUCUCCCUAGCUAUUCUACCCUGGCUUGUUAGAUAGAAGAGACUGUGUCUUGAGCACAUUUGACAAUCUGCUUUUGCCUGGUCACUUUGCAAAUGACAACAACCCCUCCCCUAGGUGAUUACAGCAUGUGGGAACUAAAGCAAUGGCUUCCAUCCUACCUGUUACCAUAGUAACCAACAAAGAGCAGAGGUCUGCAAUAAUACAUUAAUUUAGUCUGAUGAGAAAAAACAAAUAUGGGCCUCUUUUGUGUGGAUCCGAACAGGGUUAACCACUAUCCCUUUUUUUUUUAACCCCCAAGCUUUUAAUGUUGAUAAUCAUUAAAAACCAACUAUAAGCAAUUAUGCGAAGCAACUGGACUUUCGAAAAUCUCUAAGGUUUAAUGCUGUUUUUUUUUUCUCCAGUUUUAUUUCAAUCAAAUGAUUUACUGUAUGAUUUUUAUUUUGUGGAAAAUAAGUGUACCGCAACAUACCAUAUUGGAAUUCUAAGGACCCAUGGGUAAGGACCAUAUCUCUACAUUACUGUCAUCGGUCAAUAAUCCAGGAUGUUGUUGUGUGGGUGAGGAUGAAACAUCUUUCUUGUUUUUAGUUUUUAUUGAACUUUUCUUUCCUCAUGACAAGGGCUAUUUCCCCACUUUGUCUAUAAAGCGUGACAGUAUGUGAUUGUAUAUGUGAUUCUCUGAUUUCUCUGACCAUGACUCUUCACUCUCAGUAUGUUCCUCAUGUUCUCUCUUUUUCAUCUGUCUAUGUUUUAUAUGGGCGGAAGUACAUGUAACCAAUAGGGUGGGCUUUCUUAGUUUUCCAUCUCUAACUUCACUUCGAUGUGGCCUGAAUCAUUCGUGUGUGAACAGUGCCCUCACUUCAUAUACAGUAUUUGUCCCUAUUUCAAAGAAUGUAAUACUGGUAUAGAUUGCACAUGAAUAACUGGACUGUGACUGAUGUUACAUAACUUAGAGCUAGGACACUAAUGCCCCAAGAGAGGAGGGAUGGAACUGUUGAAGAACCAAGUCGGCAGGAAGAAGUUACUAUUUUGACACACUCUCACACAUACCGACCCAGUCUCUGUGUUUGCACCUUGUGUUUGAGUAAGGUGGAGUUCGAUUAGCGCUACGCAUUGUGUAACUUGGAUCAGGUGAGGAAGUGCGUAUUCUCACCUGUUGCUGGUCACAUGUCUGUCACCUGAUGUCUGUACCUGUGGUUGUUCAGGAAGGUCAACACCAGCAAGGUGAUUAGAAUGCCGGUAGCAUAGAUCCAACAGACUUGCCCAAAACACUAGACAGUUUUUCACUGCAACACCCCCCAGCGAAGAAAAACAAUUGCAGCACCCCUGCCCACAAGCUACUUCCCGUGGCUAUGCACCAAACUACAAAUGCUUAACGUGAAACUGAUCAGGCGAGUACUGCAGAACGUCUUCAUUCAAAUAGAUUGUAGUUUUAUUCUCUGUGUUAUUAGUUGCCAUUGAGCUGUUGUGAAGUAUAUUUGGGAAUUAACACUAAGGCUGUACUCAACAUGUAAACAGUAAUAGAAGCUAACAUACUCCUUUGAGAGCAGAUGGGGAACUGAUGUGCAUCAUUUCUCAUUGAUUUUGGCUUUUGCUAUGGGAAACAAAAUGUACUGGGAACAGUUGCCUUACUCCCCUCUACUGAGCUGGACUGCAGUCUGUCUUACAGGCAGAAAAACGUAAUGAGAAUCAUAAACACUGGAUCCGUGAUCGAACAUCUGCUCAGAGCAGGUUAUGUGAAUUGAACUUCCACUCAUACUGACUCAUUGACACUGAGGUACUACUCCAUUCUCUGUUAUGGUACACACAGUGUUGAAGAGUUGCGAUUUGCUUUGUCUCUCAUUCCAAACAGUUCUGUAACAUUCAAAGCAUGACGAGUGACAUUUUGAAUGGCCGAAUUUUAGAAAUCUGUUUAAUUUAUUUUUAACUACACAGGGCAUUGGGAUUGUUACCACCGCUAUUUAUUUUGUAGUCAUGUUUCAGCAUAGCAGUGAAAAGUCAUAUGUUUAAAUUUCAUUUGUGUAACUGAUCCACUAUGUUAAUUCAUGGUUGAAGUUCAUGAUCUCAUCUAUUCCUGGUAGGUACUUCUUCUUGUCCUAUUUAAAAGUAGUUUGAUUCAAUUGUUUUCCUGUACAAGCAGUUUAUAGGGGUGUAGAUUAUAACUCACUUUGACAGUUUUUUUUCCCCCCCCUCCCCAUACUGUGAAUUCCUUUAUUCCUGGAGAGACCCUGUGUUUCAGAAUUAUUUUGGUUUGUGUCGGUUCGUUUUUUUUUUUAAGAUAAUGAGCAAGGAUUUUUGCUUGCUAGAUAAAUCCUAAGGUAUAGAUUUGUACUGAACAUUUUCAGUAUUUUCUUAUCAAUACUAUAUGAUGUACAUUUUUAUCACAUUUAAUGAAAAUGUUUUAAAGUAGUAAAGAAAUGUAUGAAUAUAGAUGCACAUGUAUAAUUGUUGAUUCCAUGAGCUGGAAAAAUAAACUAAUAUGUAGCAAUCAUUGAC